AUGGAUUCUGAAUGUAAAAAGGGAUGCUUAUCGAUCAAUUGCGUUCGAGAGAAUGAGGAGCUCCGGCUUCAGGUCCGAGAAAGAGAUGAGGAGAUAAUGAGGCUCAAGGUUCGAUUACAAAAUAAGGAAAAGGAGAUGCGGAGGCUUCGAUGUGGAAUUCUAGAGCCACUUCAGUCUUUUCAUCUGUUUCCGCAACUCCCACCUGAGAUACGCUGCCAAAUAUGGCAGCUUAUGAUCCCUCCUCCUCAAAUCAUCCCGAUUGGCCUUCCGUUUAUGCCAUCUGAUUGCGAUAAGAAAAGAAUACUUUAUAUUGAUAGAAAUGAUGGAAUCGGGAAAGUCUCGUCUAAAGGCCUACAAAGACUUUGUAUAUACGAUUGCUUUGCUUCUAAGAAACCUCGUCGAUUUUAUAGGCUUCGACUACCAGCCAUCGUUCAUACAUGCCAAGAGUCUCGUCAGCUAGCCAUCGGGGCAUACAACCUUUGCUUUGGUAUACGCCUCGCUUCUAGCUCUACUAUCUAUGUGCGAAGCUUUCUGGACAACAAAGCUGCGACUUCUAUUCACACAAUCAUCCCGCAUAAAUUGGUUAACCGGGAUGGUAUACAUUUCCGGCCGGAGUGCGAUAUAAUAUGUCUCACAACAGAAUCUGGUAAAUCUGGAAUUUGGGAUGUAUUGCAUGUAGCAAGGACGGACGAGCUAGGUACAGAGAAUAUUCAACAGCUUAUAAUCGAUAUCAAAGGGUUUGAGCAACUGAUUGAUCGUUGGGAGCGACCCAAUUCCUUCUUUCCUCACUUAACAAACUUGUUUGUUACGGCUAAUGAAGCAGAUCCGUCUGGGAAAUUUCUGUCUCUGAGGGAGAUUAUGAUCCGGAUUAUGCAAGCUAUUCGAAAAUAUAAGAUUGAAACACCAGGCGCACUAUUUAGCUCGCUACGAAUAACAGCUUUAGAAUGGAAAUUUGUUCAAUCUCUGCACAAUUCAGGGACAUGGCAUAAUCCAAGCAAACGAAUCGCUCUUCAUCCUUCAUAUGAUAAAUUGUGGAAAUUCCUGGAAAAGCAGGAGCGAGAAGGACCCAAUUAA